AUGAAUCCAAUGGGUAUGGGUACACUUAAUAAAAGUGUGGGAGCUAUUUUGGGUGUGAAAUGGGACAAGCGUGUGAAGCAGGCAGCAACGAUGCCUCAUGUUGUGGGUAGUCAAGCUGGGACUAGUCAAGUUGGUUCUGAUGCUGGCACUAGUGAGGGUCGACAAACACUUCAGCAAAUGGUUGAAAAGUUGGAGGCCCGAUUUGAAAAGUUUGAGAAUGAAAUGAAAGGAUGGAAGCAUUUAUUGAGUUAUCUUCUCAUGCCAGUCUGGCAGAGUGAUUCUUCAUCAGGAUCAGUUUGGACUGGGUACUACAAGGAAAAUGAGACUUGUGAGCUGAGUCUUGGUUUUUUAUUUGAACUGGAUUGCAUUGGUCUGUUUAUGAUGGAUUUUGUAUUUUCUGGUGGAUUGACUUUGAAGAUAGCUGUUGGGAUGCUGAUGAGGAGGGUUGGUCCUGGUCUUUAUGCUUGGCUGCUGGACUGGUUUGCUGUUUUGCUUUGUUUCAGUAGUUGUCUGCUAUUCUGGCAAACUGUUGUUGUGAGCUGGGCUGUUACCAAAGGUGCAGGAGCUGAGUUUGGAUACGUAGCAAACCAGCUGGGACUGAAUGGGUGUUGUACUGGUUUGUUUCUAAUCUAA